GUCUUUGAAUGAGUAUGUAAACAUGAGUGGAGACGAAACACUCGACACAGAGAAAAGACAACUUUCUAAUCGAACAAUAAAAAGGAGAUCCUGAUUCAGUCGACGGCCAUAAACAGCCGCACCUCUGUUUAAGCUUACUUAACUUCGAAGUUGGUGUUGCGGUGAAAGUAAAAAAUACACAUAUGUUAGAUAUGUGCUUCGGGGGCGUUCUAUCGCGGUUACGGCAGCCAUCACGAAGUACCUGUUGUCGAAGACAAUAACGGCAGGACAAAGGUAGACGUUAAAGAUUUUCCAGGCGAAUUAUUAAUGGCGGAUUUGUGACGUGUGGAUGCGAGGAAGAGGAGUCCUGUUGAUUUUUUUACAAAUUGAACGUGUUCAGCUGUCUUCUGCAAAAUUGCAUUUUGCAGGGAUAGGGAGAGAAUGGAAAGAACACGAUUAGCUGCGAGGAGAGCGGCAAGCCGUUUGCAUAUGCAGGUGGUCAUCCAACAAGACCCAGCUUCAGGGGAUCAAGAUCCAAACGUUGUUCAUGUUGUUAUUGAGGAUGGUGGGGCCUUAGACUGUGCUGCGGACGGACAAGAGAUUCAAGUAGAGGCACAACACGAUACUUCGCGGGCGAAGAGCAGUGACAAUUCUUUAGCCGCAGCGGCACGUCCGUAUCCGUGUGCCUUCUGCGCGUCGAGAUUCGCGUUGAAGUCUUCGUUACGGCGGCAUGUUCGGUCACAACAUGCAAACCACCCCGAACGGGAGGUAAUGCUACGCAAAGCGUUUGAAUGCCGUUUGUGCCAUAGUGAGUUUACGACCAAUUCCGAUUUAUGGUUUCAUCGGCAGACGGUUCACGGUGCAGAAGGGCGCGUGUCGAACCUUACCAAAGGAACUGCGUCGGACACAACAGACGGCUCGCAAGGAGAGAGAUGCACUGACGAAAAAGACGAAGAGAAUGAAGUGGACGAUCAGGGGGGCUUCACUUGUGUGUUAUGCGCGUUCACAUAUCGGAAAGUUCAGGAUCUGAAACGUCACAUCCGGAGACGUCAUCCCGAGGCUCUAAUUAAAAAUGGCUAUGACGUUGGAGCGUUAGCAUCAUCGCUUAUCAUGGACAACAGCGAUCCUUUACACGGCUCCGAGCCCGUUCGGGUAUGCUCGAUAACUCCAGCUAAUCUCCACGGUGACCUGGUGACUCGUGUUCCAGCAACCACACAACUAGCUGUUCGAUGCGCUCGGAGUAACGGGAACACCCGAAGAGUUGUCGAAGAACUUCUUCAAUUGGAGGCACCUCAAGAAGUAGAGGAAGUCGUACUCAACGCUUCGGAGCACUAUGUCUGCUCGAAUGAGUAGCGGAUGCUAACAAGAGAUGUCGGCGGGUCGUCAACGAACAUACAGCGUCGUCUCCGUACUUUUCAGGCAGACUUAGGUAGCAAUCUUUUUGUCCACAUAGUCGAUGAUCUUUACCACUUGCCUCAUAUUUAACAACUUACAAGAAUUACAAUUAAUAAUGAAAUGACAAAACGGGGAGCGAAUGUAAUACUGAUCUGAUGAAUACGGGUCUUGAAACUUGGAGAGUUUUGCAAAUGUAAAGAUACGAACACUUGGAGCUUGGUAGCCGAUUGCUCGAGGUGUGUCUUUAUCUAAAUAAAAAAAGCUCAUGAUAUAUUUGACAGUUAGUAAUAAGGUUUCGGAUGUAAAUUAUCGGGUAGGAGAGAGAGAGAGAGAGAGAGAGAGAGAAUUGUAUGGCGAAAUUGGAGAAGAUAACCGUGGGUUCUCGAAGAAAUUUGGUCUGAUGAAUGAUCACAAUUAGCAACAACAACAUUGUGGAAUUAUCUUAAAAUAGAAUGACUUUUUGUAAAAAGGAAGUCUGUUCUUGAGAGGGAUUCGGUGCCUGCAGAGGCCGACUAAUAAAUCGGACCAUUCUUAAAAGCCUCCUGCAAUACUACGACAGCAGUGACGGAGGGUAAGAGCGGCCCUGAAUCACAUCCGAGAUGUGUCCGACACGCUGUUGUCCUGAUACAUUGUCACAACAACUAUGUGGUGAGGGCAAUGGAGUCGAGACAUGACGACCUAGUAAACACUGUAAAUAGCCAUGUCAAUAUGUCAAAUAAAUAGAGCUGCAUCUUGUAUAAAAAUGUUUAUUGAAAUAAUCUUGAGUUUUUCUUUUUUCAGAAAUCAAGGCUUCUGUGGUUGUAGUUGUGACAUGAUUGUAGCUUCACGGAUACUGUACCGUCAGUACUACCACAUUUUAUACCACAUUUUAUAUGUGAUUAUUGCGCCGCAGUCCAUUCUGUUUAUUUUAUAAUUAGUAACUAAUAUCAUUGCUAUUACUAUUAAUAAUUAAUUAUCCAUUUGUGGCAAUCACAAGAGAUAACUUUAAGGUCCAUAUUACCGGUGCGGCUAGGCAAAUAUGGAAGUGGCUUUUUUCAUUGCCGCCUGCGCAAACAGCAACAUAAUAAAAAUAAAUAAAUAACUAUCCAUCGUCAUCGUCGUCGUUGUCGUCGAUCAAACAAGAAAGUAUCAAAAAAUAGUCAUCAGCAACUCCAUGCAAUUUCUCUCACAUUACACCCGCCCUCCUUUGCCCCACUUCUGUAUUAAACCUAUCUAUUCGUUGAUAUUUUGGGUAGAACAAACUACACAGCCCCUCAAGCUUGCCCUUUAAACACUACAAGUUCCGCAGCAAUACUAAGGAUUAGAAGAAAUUAACGUCGAUAAUUAUAAUAAUCACGAUAAUGGUAAAAUAAAUUUAAUUCUACUCUAUCAACGAUAUAUAUAAUAAAUACAGAAAACAAAUUGGUAACCCAUACAUUAUGACAUUACAACGAACCUAACACAUUCACUCUUACCAUUUCUAUUUUCUCCUACAAGAGUUAUUAAAACAAAAUCUCCUAGCCCGUGU